AUGGACCUCAAUCUUCGCAGUCGACUUGACAAGGAGGACAUUCGAGAGUUGAUUGUACAGGAGCGCUAUUAUCGAGAUACUUGGCAGUGGGAGAAGCUACGUGCAUGCUACCAUCCGGAAGCCUCCCAAACCCGAGUGGCUGUCACCUGGAUCGAUGACAGUAUUGAUGACUUUAUUGGUGCUGCCAAACAGCUAUCAGACUGGGGCGAAAACCCAUUUCAUGCCAUAAUGCCCGCGGUGAUACAUAUCCGCGGAGACAAGUCAGUGGUUGAGUCCAAAUGCAGUAUUCAACUCAGACUACCAGAAGAGGAGGGAGAGUACGACUUUACAUCACAGGUUCGGUUAGUCUCUAGAGUUGAACGCCUCCAAGGUGGUAUAUGGAAGUUGCUGUCAGUGGAGACUAUAUACGAACAAGAUUCUAUGGUACCCACAGGCCCAGUUCCAGGUUUGCUACCCUAUUUCAAGGCCAACAAUCGACGGAGUAGCUACAAACACCUUUGCUGGCUCCUAGAAAGACGAGGAUUUGAUGUGAGGAGUGACCUUCCGGGCACAGACAUUCCGGAAACGGUUGAAAGGGAGAUGAAGAGACAUUUUACAUGGCUAGAGGAAUAG